AUGAAUAACAGCUCUGAUUCUAUUUAUUGGUCGGAGCUUCAUUGCUCUAAGGAUGCCCUGACCGAUACUUAUGGAUGGUUUAUGCAGUUUCUAUUGGCUGUAUUAGCUUUCACAUGCUUAAUAGGCAAACGAUUCUGCGAACCCCGUUAUGCUAGAAGACCAUGGCUAAUUUGGUUUUAUGACACGUCAAAACAAGGCCUUGGGGCAUUGAUAAUACAUGCGGCCAAUGUGUGGCUCUCACCGCAUUUAACAGGAAACCCCUGUACUUGGUAUAUAGUAAAUUUCAUGCUGGACUCAACACUUGGUCUAUUAAUAAUAUGGGCCGGCAUUCGACUUGCUCAAUAUUACGCAAGAGUUUAUGAUAUUCCACUUAUAAAUUUUGGAGAAUAUGGUAAGCCGCCAAUGUUCGCAGCCUGGAUAUGCCAGUGUAUAUUAUACGCGGCGUUGGCGACAUUCGCCAAGUCCAUUUUAGCGCUAGUGCUGCGACUUCCGCCUGUGGUAGCUGUACUUUCCAAGCUCCGGCUGUCGCCGGUGUCGAAUGCGAGACUCGAACUCGCGGUUGUUAUGCUCAUUAUACCUUUCUUUGUUAAUAUAUUAAUAUUUUGGGUGACCGACAACUUUCUCAUGUAUCAUCCAAGAGGAGUUAGUUCAAAAAUUAAAACAAGGGUAAGAUACCAGUCCAUAAAAAAAGAAAAAUCAGGGUCAGAAGAAGACGAGCAUUCUGCAGAUGAACGACUAUUGGGCGCCAGCGUAUGA